UGUCAUGUGCAAGUCCAUUCACUCAUCAAAAAAGUUUCGCGAUCUAUAACUCAGGGUCUGGCUGCAUCCUGUUGAACGACCCCACGGACCCCUGCAUACCUCAAUCCACAGCACCACUUAAGCUCGAUACUGGGCUACUACGUCAUACCUCUGUACGAUCGCGAAGUUUGCCAUGUGUUAUCACAACUAUUCUCAACAUAAUGGUUGCGGCCAUAUUGGCGAAUCGCAUACGCAUCCGUGGACGCUGUGCGACACGGCGAUCCAAAAUUUGAACGCCCUCCGCGGGCCCAACUCCCCACCAAUCACUUCGCCCACAGCGAACUAUGCAUCACCACCGAAGCGCAGUUCAUCCACACGACGCUUCUUCUCGUUGAGCGGACAGCUUUCGCGGUCUUCUACUAAUGCGUCGACGAACUCGCGUCGCGCCGUUUCUGGCCCCUCAGGCGCGACAACGCCCCGAACUUCAGACUCGAGCUCAGGGUCCUACAACUAUACCAUGGCGUUGGAUUACAGCACCUUGCCAGAUCAUCAGCUCGUAGCAGUAAAAUGCGUAAACCCAAUCAAGCGCACGCAUGUUAGUAGAGAUAUGGUGGUCUGCAAAGAUUGCGCACGCGAGAUUGGCCACAUGCGCAAUAUGAUUCAGCGAUACGACAAGACCGGUAGCAUACGUGGGACCGCCGCGUUUGAGAAGUUCUUGAAGUGGGAGGGAGAAGGUGGAGGAGAAAGGGAGGGCGAUUUGACCGUACCUGUGGACGAUGACAACGAUGGCGGGUCGUUUGGGGCUAGACAGGCUAUUAUCAUGGGUCAUCCAGAGAGCGUCAUGAACGCUGAGGGGCCGAGGGGCUUGGGAACGCUCGAACGAGAGGGAGGAUUUGAUUAUCGGUAUUGAACUGCAGGGCGUCUGUCGAAGGAGUCGGAGUGAGGAGAAGCGGUAUAUGUAACGAAGACGUCGUUAGAUUUUGUAGUUUAGCACUUGCGCAACCUUUACCAUCG